UACACGUAUGGCCAUUCCUAAUUCAAAACCCUUAAAAUCUCAAACCCUACAUUUAUCUGUUGGGGACAGGAAAGACAAGGGUUUGUUCUGAGUGCCAUGGUAGUGCGCUGAAGAUGUGAGCAUUUAAGCCGUGAGCAGAGGGAUCGGAUUGCUUUAGCUACUUCAUCCGCGAAGGGAGAAAUUUGGGGACAAGGUGAUUUGUUGGCUGCCUUUUUAAGGAGGCAUAUUCCAUGUAGGGCAUUAUAUAAUCGAAAGGGCGAAUUCUUUAAACUCCAAACAUUUGGUUUGCCGCUGCCGCGUUUAUGUUCUGAGUUUGUAAUUAAAAGACGGGGGUGCAAUGCAAUGCUGUGGAAAUGUUAAUAUUUCAAAUGAAAAUGUCACAAAAUGCAGCAACCAGAAUGAUUGAUAAAUUUGUCUGGAUGCCGUUGUUGCCUAGAAUGGGCGGAAUUGGAAAGAGAACACUGGUCUCGACAAUGAGGCAAAUACAAAAGCAAACUCUACCGUUUCUUGAACCGGUGGUAGUACGCCUUUUAAUGAACACAUCCUGCAGGAACACAUCGUUUCAUGCGUUUCUGGCAUCCAUCUGGCCCCAAGGAUUUCCAGAGCUCUGUAAGAGAAAAAUGGGCAACACUUCCUGCUGCCGUUCAUGCUCUCCUUCCCAAGAAGAUUAUCAAACUGUUUUCAGUAAAAUGGUUGUGGUGGAAGAGAUGAGCCACAUCGAUGAAUUGAUUUCUUACAUUGAUCAGCUCUUAAAUGCCAUUGAUGAUGAAAGACAAGUUCCCAAGAUGGAUCAGGUAGGCUCUUCUAUCAAUACUGGUGGUGGUUUAUUGGAGAAGGCAUUGAAGCGAUCUAACAGUCAUAUAUGCAAGAGGGACAUUAUGCCAAAGCUUAACCGUGAAACUCGCAAACCAGUAAUUGAUGUAACAAAUCAAGCAGCGCAGAUUGCAGGUUAUCUUCUUUAAAAAAGUCUUGUUCGAGCUUGGUGACUCUUUCAAACAACUUUGGAAAAUUAUAUGGUUUGGUAGAGUUAUAUUUAUAUAAUUUCUUUGGCUUGGUAAGCCUUCCAGAUAGCUUUUGCAGCUUAUCUUCUUUAAAAAGGUUUGAUUGAUCAAAUUGCUCCAAUUUAACAAGCCUAGACAGCUUUGACAAUUUAUUUUGUUUGGAAAAGUUGGAUUUAUCUGAUUACUCCAAUUAUGGCAAGCCUUCCAGACAACUUUGGUAGCCAGCUUGGUGACUUUCAAACAACUUUGGGAAAUUGUAUGGUUUGGUUAAGCAUUGGAAAAGUUGGAUUAACCAAUUGCUCCAAUUAUGGCAAGCCUUCCAGACAACUUUGGUAGCUUAUCUUGUUCCAGCUUGGUGACUUUCAAACAACUUUGGGAAAUUGUAUGGUUUUGGUUGAGCAAUUUAUAUAAUUGCAUUGGCUUGUUGAGCCUUUCAGAUGGCUUUGGCAAAUUAUAUAACAUUGACUUACCUUGUUUGGAAAAGUUGUACUUGUCUAAUCGCACCAAUUUGGCAAGUGCGAGUUGUCCAGACACUUCGGCAACUUAGAAUCUUUGAAAGAGUUGGAUUUAAACUUUUGUUCUAGCUUGGUGACUCGUCAAACAACUUUGGAAAAUUAUAUGGUUUGGCAAGGCUAUAUUUGUAUAAUUGCAUAUAUAUAUAUAUAUAUAUAUAUUUGUAUAUAAAAGCCCUAUGUUGACGAGGUGGUGGGAACAAGUGAAGGAGCAAUAUUCUUUAGCACCAACACAGGUAAUCGCUGUAACACACAUUCAGGGAUACUGGCCUUACAUGUACGUAUGACAUUUUUUCAGAGUCAAAAUUCCUAGUGCACGGGUUUCUCCCAGGGCAUUAAUAGUGCUGAUUUUUGUAUGAAUGGACCAAAAUUCCACAAAAUAAAGCCUUGUAUUUUGUAGGAAGAGUAUUUAGUGUGGGCAGAGACAGCUUCCACAAAUAAUCUUAUAAUACAUCUGAUUUACUUCAUUAAAUUUUUAUCUAAUUUUCAUUUACAUUUGAA